AUGGAUCCAUCACAUCAUCUGUAUUACACCGCACCAGCCACGGGCUUUCCGCAAUCACUUCCGCUUGGGAAUGGCAGGAUUGGGGCCAGUCUUAUUUCCAGUGCAGACGUGGAUAUACUUCUUCUAAAUGAGAUCACCUUCUGGUCGGGCAAGCCAUACGAGCCGCAAAGCCAAUAUGGUGGCAAAGCUACCAUCAAUGAGAUGCGUGAGCGCUAUGUACAAAAGAAUCAGCAGGCCGUGCAAACUUUGGCAGAGAAAUGGUUGCAACCUUCGAAAGGGAAUUUCGGGACAAAUCUGGGGGUGGGAAGACUCAAAAUCGAGCAUUCUCUCUCUGCAGCAGUUCCUCAAGGCACCGUCGAAAAGCGUAAGUUCGAGAGAGGUCUGAGGUUGGACGAAGGGAUUGGCUGGGCGUCGUAUGCAUUGGACGACCCUGGCACCCAGAUCAGUAGGGAAUUAUUCAUCUCCCAUCCCCAUCAAGUCAUCGCCAUGAGAAACUCAACGAACAAUCAGACCGGCAUUUCCUGCAAACUCAGUUUCGAAGGAGAAACUAGAAGUUGGUCUACGAAGAAACCAAACGAGGCUGAGUUGGAAAUCCACACGCACGCACUCGAGACGGUGCACAGUGACGGCACAUGCGGUGUCAAGCUGCAUGGUCUGGUUCACCUCCAAUCUGAUGGCGAGCUGCUUCCUACAGAAGAAUCUAUUUCUGUAGUGAAUGCUUCCUCCGUGGUGAUAUUGGCUGCUAUGAACACAGACUAUCUGGUCCCGCCUGAUCAGGACUGGUAUUCCCUGUCCCGUGCUCAGAUUCAGACCGCUCUGGAGGCCGGAUAUGUCAAACUCAAGAAGUCCCAUACACAAGACCACCAGGACUUCUACACUCGGGUUGCUCUUACGCUCGGUCUUCCUUCAUCGGCAUCAUACCUUCCUACAGACCAACGUCAAAAAGCUCUCGCGGCCUCAAAGGGUGGCCAGCCAGACGAUUUGCCCCUUUAUGCACUAUACUUUAAUUAUGGUCGUUACCUUUUGAUAGCAGGUACUCGUUCGGACUCUCCACUCCCGCUUCAUCUACAAGGCCUCUGGAAUGACCGAGAAGCCAAUGCGAUGAACUGGUCUUGCGACUACCAUCUCGACAUCAACACGCAGAUGAACUACUUUCCGCUCGAGCCAUGUGGUCUUGGGAACGAAUGCCAUCAGCCACUUGCAAAGUACAUGCAGAAGCUUGCGCAAGCUGGAGUCGAGUCUGCGAGGAAUUUCUACGGCACGCAAAAAGGCUGGGUUGCCCACGUGUUCUCAAACGUCUGGGGAUUCACAGCGCCCGGCUGGGAAACAAGCUGGGGGCUCAAUGUCACAGGAGGGCUCUGGAUGGCCAUGGAAAUGAAAGAGCACUGGGAGUAUACUCUCGACAAGGCAAAUUUAAAAGGCUAUGCUUGGGACGUUUUGAAAACUGCGGCCGAGUUCUUCCUGGAGUAUAUGUCCACAGCCGACCCAAAGACGGGCUACAUUGUAACCGGACCCUCCGUGUCGCCAGAGAACACCUUCUUUGUCGAUCAACGAGGUAAGCGUGAGGAACAUGCAUUGAGUCUAUCCCCAACUCUAGAUGUGGUGCUGGUGAGAGACCUUCUGGCAUUCUGCAUUGAUGUGCUGCCAAUGCUGGAAAACAAGGAUGCCAUGAACGACGACUUCAUGCGGCGUCUCAAAGAGACCAUACCUAAACUCCCACCCCUGCAAAUCGGCAGGCAUGGCCAACUGCAAGAAUGGCUGGAAGAUUUUGAGGAAGCCCAACCGGACCACCGCCACAUGUCGCACAUCAUCGCCCUCAUCCGCAGCAGCCAGAUCCGCAAACGACACACUCCCGAGUUGGCAGAGGCUGUGCGAGUCACGCUCGAAAGGCGCCGAGCCCGCGCCGAGCUGGAAGACAUUGAGUUCACGGCCGUGCUGUUCGCCAUGGGCUUCGCGCGGCUCGACGACGGCGACGCCGCGCUCAAGCCCCUGACGCAUCUGAUCGGGGAGCUGUCGUUCGAGAACCUCCUGACCUUCUCCAAGCCGGGCAUCGCCGGGGCUGAGACCAACAUCUUCGUUGUCGACGGCAACUUUGGCGCGACCGCCGCCGUGGCGGAGCUGUUGUUGCGCAGCGUGCUCGUCGGAGACGUCGAGGUCCUGCCUGCUCUGCCGGAGAAAUGGGCCGUGGGCGGACACGUCAAGGGCCUCCGGGCAAAGGGCAACCUCGUCGUCGACAUCCAGUGGAGCGAGGGAGUCUUGGUCGAAGGGACAAUUCACAAUGCCGGCCAGGACGUGUCGUCGGUCAAGGUCUACUACCGGGAACGAUCCGUAGAGAUGGAGCUCCAGCCCGCCGCGACGGUGAAAUUGGACCACGAGCUUGUUGCGCGAUGA